AUGCUAGGCUCGUCGCUCAAGCGUUCCCGAGAGGAUGACUCCGAGGAUGAGCUCUUUGCUCAUGAGCCCAAGUCUCUGAAGUACGGUUCCUCCUGGCAAACGGUCCCAGGGGCGGUCCCAGAGUCCGCGACGGACCUCGAUCAAACCCUUCGCUUUCGCGCCUCGGCGCUCACGCCUGUCGACUCGUCGGACGAUGAAGACAAUCUUGACGAACCCAGCAUGGGAAACUCCGCGAGCCCGACCAAAUCGACGCAGGGCCACCGACCCCUGGCCCUCCAGCUGAGCCCCAGCUCCGCCGUGAAGCAUCUUUCAGCGUUGGCUGGCGGAGAUCAACUGUCGCCCUGGCUGGUGAGUGCGCACCGGCUACACAGCGCCCAGCCCUCUCCAAUUCCCCACGGAAUGGUCAACCACUCGCUCAAUCUCUGCCCCACGCCCUCGCCCCUGUCGACUCCGGUCUAUUUUCCUGCGCACCAGGCCGUCACAAACCAGCCCCAGCCAGACAUCAACAUGAUGGAGGACGUGUCAUUCCACAAAGAAGGUCAGCCUUUCAUGUAUCCGGUCCGGCCCCCCAGCCCGGUCAGCGAUGAUGACGCGACAAUGGCCAGCGGGCCCAAGACUCCGACCGAUGAGAUGGACAUGGCAUACUCUCAGCAGACAUCACCGGUGUACGGGUUCAGGCCCAGCACCCCACCAGCGACUCAAUACUCGCAGCAAACAGUGGAUGACCUAAUCAAGCAAGCUGCCAAUUUCACUCCUCCUCAGCGGAGAAGACCUGCUCUCGUCAUGGGCUAUCGUGCUGAUUGCGAGAAGUGUCGGUGCCAGGUCCCUGGCCAUUACAGCCACAUUCUUCGCACUUGA